ACAAGACCCCGUACACCGUGCUGCCGCCCGCGGACGCAGUGCUGAUCACGUUUCCGAUCACCGUGCCGGGGGCGACGCAGCGGCUGCUGGAGUUGUAUGCCGCCACGCAUGAGGGGACUGCGGCGCACUGGGUGCAGUUCGGGUCCACUGGGGUGUGGGAGGGCGAGGGGAGGAUGGAUAGACAUGCACCCUGGAACGGGGCGAAUGAGAGGGCGAGGGAGGAGCAGAUGCUCCUCGAGACUGGGUGUGGCGCGGUUAUCAAUCUGGCGGGGCUGUGGGGCGGGGCGAGGGAUCCGCGGAAUUGGAUUGCGAGGGUGGCGGGGACGAAGGAGAAGUUAAGGGAGAAGGGGAGUUUGCAUUUGAUUCAUGGGGAGGAUGUGGCUAGGGCUGUGCUGGAGGUCGUGAUGAAGUGGGAUUUGGCGGUCGGCGAGAGGUGGCUGUUGACUGAUAUGCGGAGCUAUGAUUGGUGGAACCUGGCGUUGGCCUGGGGGAGCGAAGAGUGUAAAGGGUGGGCGAUGGAACUCAUGCGGGAGGAGGAUCAACGUGUGCUGCCGAGGGAUGUGGGUAGGAGGGGCAAGAACCUCGAUUCGAGGGAGUUUUGGAUGGUCUUCGGUUUGCACCCGAAGAUGUCCUUGUUUACGCGGUAGUCAGAAGAGCACGGAAUGAGAAGACGCAUGCU